GAUCACUAGUACCUCUGUGUAACCUGAGGAGAAAAACAGAGCCGCCCAUGUUUUCCAAGGAUGGUGACAUUAUUAUCGGAGGUAUUUUUUCCUUUCAUGAUAGUCCACUAGAUCCCAACCUCACAUACUUAGCCAUGCCUGAGGUAUCAAAAUGUAAAGGCCUCAAUUUCAGAGAACUUCAGUUUGCUCAAACCAUGGUUUUUGCAAUUGAUGAAAUAAAUAACAGAACAGAUAUACUGCCUGAUGUCAUUUUGGGCUAUAAAAUCUAUGAUGUAUGCAGAGACAUUCAAUUGACACUGCGUUCAGCAAUGGCAUUACUAAGUGGGGACGAAAACAUUUUGCUCCAGGAUGAUUCAUGUAUCAAGCUAUCUAUAGUGCCUGCCAUUAUAGGUCCUUCAACUUCAUCACCUGCAGUAGCAAUUUCCACAACUCUGGGGCCUUUCAGUAUACCAGUGAUCAGUCAUGCUGCCAGUUGCUCAUGUCUCAGCAAUAAAAAGCUCUUUCCUUAUUUCUUCAGAACGGCCCUAAGUGAUUACCAUCAGAGUGUUGCCAUGGCACAGCUUGCAAAGUAUUUUGGUUGGACAUGGGUAGGGGCAAUAAGAAAUGAUGAUGACUAUGGAAACUAUGGCAUGGCCACAUUUGUGGAAGCUGCACAAACAGAGGGUAUUUGUGUUGAAUAUUCUGAGGCUAUCCACAGAACAUACCCAAGAGAAAAAAUUCUCAGAGUGGUAGAUAUUAUCAAACUCUCCUCGUCAAAAGUCAUCAUAUCAUUUUUGACAGUUAAUGUAUUUGAAAUUCUGCUUAAGGAAUUGUUCUUACAAAAUGUCACAGGAUAUCAGUGGAUUGGCACAGAGUCUUGGAUCUCGGAUAAAAAUGCUGCCAUGCUACAGUAUUACAAAAUCAUGAAUGGGGUAAUAGGAAUGUCAGUUAGUAAUGCAGUCAUACCAGGAUUGAAGGAGUUUUUGCUGAAUGUUCGUCCAUCUUCUCUCCCUGGAAACUCUGGCCUGAAUGAGUAUUGGGAAUAUAUUUUUAAAUGUACACUGAAUUCAAAAAAUAACUACUCCUGCAGUGGUCAUGAGUCAUUAAGUGAAAUAAAUAAUCAGUAUACAGAUGUGUCAAAUUUUGGAUAUACUUAUAAUAUCUAUAAAGCCACUUACACCGUAGCUUAUUCACUACACAACCUGCUAGGAUGCAUUGUUACUGAUAAUUUGAAGACAUGUGUUAAUAAAUCAAAUAAUGUGCCAUUGCAGCUAGCUCAUUAUCUGAAAACCAUAAACUUUACAACAAAGAGUGGAGAAAACUUCUAUUUUGAUAAAAAUGGAGACCCUGCAGCAAAAGGCAAGACAUAUGACAUAGUAAACUGGCAGCUGAAUGAAGAGGGCAAUGUUGAUUUUGCAACAGUUGGUGCAUACUAUGCAUUUGCUGCUAAAGGACAUGAAUUUAAUAUGAAUUAUGAAAAUAUUGUUUUUGCUGGCACAGGAAAGAAGGUGCCAAAGUCAGUUUGCAGUGAGAGCUGCCAGCCUGGAACUCGGAAGGCCACACAGAAAGGACGACCAAUCUGCUGUUAUGACUGCAUACCGUGUGCUGAAGGGGAAAUCAGCAAUACAACAGAUUCUUCAGAUUGCCUGAAGUGUCCGGUAGAAUACAAACCAAACAAACAAAAGGAUGAAUGUGUCUUGAAAGAAAUUGAAUAUUUAUCAUUUCAAGAAAUUAUGGGAAUAUUGCUGGUCACUCUGUCAGUGCUGGGAGCAUUGCUAACACUUUUAGUAGGUUUAGUUUUUUAUUACCAUAGGGAAACUCCUAUUGUUCGAGCAAAUAAUUCUGAACUGAGUUUUCUUCUUCUCUUUUCAUUAGCCCUUUGUUUUCUUUGUUCACUCACAUUCAUUGGCCAGCCCUCUGACUGGUCAUGUAUGUUACGCCACACUGCUUUUGGUAUUGCAUUUGUCAUGUGCAUCUCCUGUGUGCUCGGGAAGACUAUUGUAGUGCUUAUGGCAUUCAGGUCUACACUACCUGGAAGUAAUGUCAUGAAAUGGUUUGGAGUCACUCAGCAGAGACUAAGUGUUUGUAGCUUUACAUUUAUACAGGUGAUUAUUUGCCUUCUUUGGUUACUCAAUUCACCUCCUUUUCCCAAUAAAAAUAUGAAACAUUACACAGAGAUAAUAAUACUAGAAUGUGAUCUUGGAUCUACAGCUGCUUUUUAUGCAGUUUUGGGUUACAUAGGAUUGCUUGCUUUAUUUUGCCUUGUCCUGGCAUUUCUGGCUCGUAAACUGCCAGACAACUUUAAUGAAGCAAAAUUCAUUACAUUCAGCAUCCUUAUAUUUUGUGCCGUAUGGAUCACUUUUAUUCCAGCCUACAUCAGCUCACCAGGAAAGUACACUGUAGCUGUCGAAAUAUUUGCUAUUUUAGCUUCCAGUUUUGGUUUGCUUUUCUGUAUUUUUUUCCCCAAGUGCUAUAUUAUUUUAUUAAAACCAGAAAGAAAUACGAAAAAGAACAUUAUGGCAAAAUGA